AUGGAGGCUCAGAUCGAGAACGCUGUCGGGAUCCUCUCCAACCCCACCUCCGACCGUUCCAUUAACGCACAAGCAUUCGAAUACUUGAACCAGCUACGGACAGAUCCCUCUGGAUGGCAAGCUUGUACAACCCUCUUCGCUCGAACCCCGCGAACAUUAGAAGUCGUCCGUCUGGUCUGUCUUGAGGUAGUCAACUAUGCCGUCCAUACACAAGGUCUUGACCAAGCAAGCCUUGGUUUCCUCAAAGACACUCUACUCCAAUACUGCCGCCAAACCUACGGCCCGAACGCCCAGCAAGAAGCCGAUCCCGCGCAUCUUCAGAACAAGCUCACACAGACGUUGACGUAUUUGUUUGUUUUCCUUUACCAGAAUGGGUGGGAAAGCUUCCUCGACGAUCACCUCGAGUUGACAGGCCUCUCCACAAACACCGACAAUGUCCAGGGUGUUAUUUUCUACCUUCGAAUCCUUGGUUCCAUCCACGACGAGAUCGCCGAUAUGCUUCUGUCACGGCAGAACAACGAAGCCAAGCGAAAUACAGAGCUCAAGGAUCAGCUCCGAGCCCAGGAUAUGCACAAGGUGUGCGAGUCGUGGAAGCAGCUUCUUACGCGAUACUCUACCAACGACACUGUCGUAGAACUCGUUCUCAAGGUCAUAGGCAAGUGGGUCAGCUGGAUGGACAUCGCCUUGGUUAUCAGCCAGGAUAUGCUUGGGCUCCUGCUGCCCGUAGUUGGACGGCCAAGCACUUCGGGUGAGGACAAGGUCCGUGACACCGCUAUCGACACCUUGAACGAGAUAUGCGGUAAGAAAAUGCGUUCGUCAGACAAGAUGGAGAUGAUCUCCUUCAUCAACCUUCAAGAAAUUGUCGAACAAUUAGUUGCCAGUCCUCCUCUGCGCGAGUUCAAGGGAACUUCUCGAUACGAUACGGAUCUGGCCGAAGCAGUUGCCAAAUUAGUUAACACGGUCCUCUCCGAUAUCGUACGGGCUCUCGAGGACAGCCAGAUCAGUGAUGAUACCCGCGCUAGAGCCAACCAGCAUCUCCAUGGCUUCUUGCCUUUCCUCCUGCGCUUCUUCUCUGACGAAUAUGAUGAAGUCUGCUCUUCAGUCAUCCCCGCCUUGACUGAUCUGCUCACCUUCCUUCGUAAACUCACUGUCGUUAACCAAGACUAUGGCGGCAUGCUUGCGCCAAUCUUAGAUGCCAUCAUUCGCAAAAUGAGAUACGAUGAGACUACCACCUGGGGUGAUGAGGAUGAGGUUACCGACGAAGCUGAGUUCCAAGACCUGCGUCGCAAGCUCCAGAACUUGCAAAAGUCCAUCGCUGCUAUCGAUCAGCCAUUGUACAUGGACAUGCUGAGCAACUUGGUCGCCACCACCUUCUCAACGCUCGACCAGCAGGGUUCGCGAAUGGACUGGCGGGAUCUUGACCUGGCCUUGUAUGAGAUGUACCUCUUUGGCGAGCUUGCUCUUCCCAACCAAGGUCUGGGAACCAAGAACCAGCCUUCAACCGAAGCCUCGGAGAGGCUGGUGGUUAUGAUGCAAAAGAUGGUCGAAUCUGGCAUUGCCAACUUCUCUCAUCCGGCCAUUCUCCUGCAGUACAUGGAGAUUUGCGUCAGAUAUUGCGUUGUUUUCGAAAACCAUCUUUCACAGUACAUCCCUCAAGUUCUCGAGAACUUUGUGCGCUUAGUGCACCACGAUCAUGUUCGUAUCAAGACCCGAUCGUGGUACCUAUUCCACAGGUUCAUCAAGCAGCUGCGUGCUCAAGUCGGUAAUGUUGCGGAGACAGUUAUCCAGUCGAUUGGAGAUCUCUUACCUAUUAAGGCCGAGGUCCCUGGAGACGACGCCGAUGAUGACAUGUCUUCAGACGAGUCCGAUCACUCCGCAGAUGCUCUCUUUACCAGCCAGCUGUAUCUCUUCGAGGCCAUUGGAUGCAUAUCCUCAACCCAGAGCACGCCCGCUGAUAAGCAAGCCAUGUACGCCCGAUCUGUGAUGGACCCCCUAUUCACAGACAUGGAAGGACACCUCCCACGAGCCAAAUCUGGAGAUGCUCAGGCAACUCUUCAGGUGCACCAUAUUGUGAUGGCCUUGGGUACGCUUGCCCAUGGGUUCUCAGACUGGACUCCUGGCCUUACGUCUAAUUCUCAUGGACCCCCUGACAAGGCCGUUUCCGAUGAAUUCUCCCGUGCAGCCGAAGCCAUCCUGAUUGCCCUGAACCAACUGAACUCAUCUGCUGAAAUUCGAACUGCUUGCCGAUCGUCUUUCUCCAAGCUCUUGGGUGUUCUGGGUGCCGCUGUACUGCCCCAACUACCACAGUGGAUUGAAGGUUUAUUGUCCCAGAGCUCAUCUAAGGAUGAGAUGGCUAUGUUCCUGCGUUUGUUGGACCAGGUUGUGUUUGGCUUCAAGUCAGAAAUUUAUGAAGUUCUGAACAUGCUGCUAACGCCCCUCCUGCAACGAAUCUUUGCUGGGCUUACAGAGCCCAUCGCCGGAACUGACGACGAAAUCCAGCUGGGUGAGUUGAGGAGGGAAUACCUCUCUUUCCUCCAGAUCAUUCUCAACAACGGACUUGACGGCGUUCUCGUCAGUGAGUCCAACCAGGGUUUCUUUGAGCCUAUGAUUUCGUCUAUUAUUGAGCUCGCCAAGACCCUUGAAGGCAACGUUACUAGCAGUAGAUUGGCCUUUACCCUUAUGAUGAGGAUGGCAUCCAUUUGGGGCGGACCCGACGUUGCCACCAUCGCGCAGAACCCAACAGCGCCUUCUGGUAGCCCCAAUCCUACUUUCCCUGGGUUUGAGCAGUUCAUGAUUGACCGAUUCCACUCGACCUGUUGGGAUGUUAUCAAGAACCCCAAUUUCCGCCCCUUCCAGGAUGCCCAGACCAAGCAAGUUCUUACGGAGAUUGCAGGUCUGGAGCAGAUUAUCUAUACCAAGACCGGCGAUGUCUUCAUCCAGGAGUUGCAGAACAACCUCUUCCCUAACCUCGGCGUCAGUGGUGACGACUUUUUACGAUCUCUUACGACAUCAACGGAUAAGAGACAAUUUGCUUCCUACUUGCAAAACCUGCUCAAGUCCCGACAGUAA